GCGAGGACAAAGCCACCCUUCCUGGUCUCAUGACCGGAUGCGUGGAGAGGCUCUGUUUACGAUCCGGAGCCGGCCAGAGAGAGAGAGAGAGAGAGAGAGAGAGAGAGAGACGAAGAGAACAAGGAGCCCCAUGGUGGCGUCGCCUGGACCCCCAAGGUGCCUCCUGACCCACUGUGUGCCUCAAAGGGGACCUCGGAGUAUUAGCAAGUCACAAAGCUGGUCUUGUGAAAGAGAUCUGAAAAGUGCUGAGUUUGGAACUCCAGGAUGGAGACGCAGAAGCUGCUAACCUCAAUGAAUAGUUAUGGGUCCCAGGAUAGCGAUACGAGGCCCAUCUUAGGGCCUCCGUCUUUUCAUCCCGAGGAAGAGGAACUCCGCAGGCGCCUCAAGUACUUCUUCAUGAGCCCCUGUGACAAGUUUCGUGCCAAGGGCCGGAAACCAUUUAAGUUAGUCCUGCAACUGAUCAAGAUCAUUAUCGUCACAGUCCAGCUCAUUCUCUUUGGCCUCAGUAACCAAAUGGUGGUGACCUUCAAAGAGGAGAACACUAUUACAUUCAAGCACCUCUUCCUGAAGGACUAUGCAGACGGGGCAGAGGAUACCUAUGCCGUGUAUACACAGGCAGAUGUCUAUGACCACAUGUUUUAUGCUGUAGAUAAGUAUUUGUCCGUUCAGAAUGAGACAAUCGGUCGCUAUGCCUAUGUGCGUACACACGGUGUUAACCAGUCAGCCCUCAUGCUCUGCCAGCAAUAUUAUCGCAAAGGAAGCAUUGAUCCUGCCAAUGACACCUUCAACAUCGAUCCAAAAGUUAUCACAGAGUGCCUGGGUGUGGAUCCACCAGGGAAAAUACCUUCUUCGCUGGACCUUGAGGAGUCACCUCCAAACUCUGAGGAGCCAGAUCGCAGCUACAGAAAUUUUACUCUCAAGUUCUACAAGCUCAUUAAUGUCACCAUCCAGUUCAAGCUGAAAGCCAUCAACAUACAAACAAUAAUCAACAAUGAGAUCCCAGACUGCUACACCUUUUCCAUUACAAUCACAUUAGACAACAAAGCACACAGUGGUCGAGUGAAGAUCCACUUGGACAACAAAGUGGACAUCCAGGAGUGCAAAGACCCAAGUGUCUAUGGCAAAGGAGGCAACGGUUUCCGGAUGUUCUUUGACGUGAUUGUGCUCCUGAUCUGUGUGCUGUCCUUCAUCUUGUGUUCCCGCUCAAUCUUCAGGGGGCUUCUGCUGCAGCAUGAAUUCACUCAGUUCUUCCAGCACCGCUACAACCAAGACAUCUGCCUGUCUGACCGCAUGGAGUUUGUGAAUGGCUGGUACAUCCUGCUUGUGGUGAGCGACAUCAUGACUGUAUCUGGGACCAUAAUGAAGAUUGGGAUUGAGUCCAAGAACUUUGCCAACUAUGAUGUGUGUGGCAUCCUUUUGGGCACCUCUACACUCUUGGUCUGGGUUGGUGUCAUGCGCUACCUGAGCUUCUUCCAGAAGUACAAUAUCCUCAUUGUCACCAUGCGGGUUGCCUUCCCCAACGUCAUCCGUUUCUGUUGCUGCGUGGCAGUUAUCUACCUGGGCUACUGCUUCUGUGGUUGGAUUGUCCUGGGACCCUACCAUGUCAAGUUCCGUACCCUUUCGAUGGUGUCAGAGUGCCUUUUCUCUCUCAUCAAUGGAGACGACAUGUUUGUGACCUUUGCAUCCAUGCAACAGAGCAGCUACUUGGUCUGGCUUUUCAGCCAGCUCUACCUAUAUACCUUCAUCAGCCUUUUCAUCUACAUGGUGCUCAGCCUUUUCAUUGCACUCAUCACUGGCUCUUAUGAGACCAUCAAGCAUCAGUCUGAGGGAGAAGCGACUGUUACACAGCUCCAUGCCUAUAUAGCUGAGUGCAAGGACAGCCCCAAAUCUGGCAAGUUCCGCAGGGAGAGUGCUUCCUCAUGCUCCAUCUUCUGCUGUUGUGAGCGAACCCCGUUGCAGGAGAAUGUGCUGGUGGUGAACUGAAAGGGGGCUGCCUUGCCUCAUUCCUUGUGAGAUACAAAUUGGCCUGAUUAUGGACUCCUGUGACUGAUGAGAAUGAGGCCUGCUGUCCUCUUUUUUGGCAAAAACCAAGCCGUUGCAUACCAUUGUCUCCUGUGAGCCAAUGCCACUUCCACACAGAGUUGCUGAGAUACUGGGACUGACUUUGGUAUCUGAACAGAACUGGGCCUGGGCAGGGAGUGGAGUUUCAGGCCGUGUGGGACUGAGAGAUUUACCAAACAGCAACAGUUUUUAAAGGUUUAUUUUGGAAGAAAAAUGUCAAGUAGCAAGGAUGUGGUUUUCAAGGGCCGUCAAGCAUUCUGCCCGUAGGUUUCCACUACAGAUAAUUUAUUUCCCACAGAAAGAUUGACACGGGGGUGUCUGCAAAGCAAGGCCCCCAGAACAGUUUCACAUAUGACUAGAACCUGAGAGGUUCAGGAUGCAAUGGAAUAAAAAUUAACCAAGCCCCGAAUACA